AUGAGUGAGGGAAAUUUGUUUCAAAGGAUUGAAUAUAAUAAAAUAGUUUUACAACAAUGUCAAUUACUUGGAGCAAAGGUUACAUUAACUUCAGAUGAUUUGACACAACCAAAAAAAGAAGUUUAUUCACAAAUUCUUAGUACGUUAUGGCAAAUGUCAUUAAUUGAUAUGAAAUAUUCUAUGAGACGUAUUGAAAAGGAAGAAGAUAUAACAAAUACAGUACAUCAAUGGAUGAGACUGUUCUUACCGAAUCAAGAAGUUAAUGUAGAGAAUACACAAAAGUUACUUCAUAUCAUUGAAGCAGAUGAAGUAGAAUCAACCGAUAAUUCAAGUCAAAGUCCACCAUUCGAUGACUUUGAAGAAAGCGAUAAAGAAAUAGAAGAUGAUUUUUCAUUAAAUGAAGACCGAAUGAAAGCAGAGGAAGAGGUGCUUAAUGAUCGUAUCCUUCUAUUAGAAAAAGAACUAGGAGAAGUGGACAUGACUGAAGAUGAAAUGAAAAUGGCUCUUCAAAAAUAUAAUCAAGAAAAUGAUAUGAUUCGAUCUGAUAUAAUUCAAAAGUAUCAAGACCUAACUUCAUUAAGGGCUCUUCUUCAAAAAGCAAUAACUCAAACUCAUCUUCAACAAAAAGAACUUCAACGGUUAGUACAUCAAAAAGAUACAGAAGCUAGUGAAAUGAUGAGAAAUGAACAACGAAAAAAAGGACAGUUAGAAAGAAAAAAAGCAGAGUUCGAAGAAAUGAAUAAACAAGUUCAAGAAGUUUCAUGUUCAGUGAUUGAACUUGAAUUUCAAAUAGGGAAAUUGAAAAUGAUAAAGAAAGAAGUUGAAGAGAGUUAUCUUAAAGUAAAAAAACAAAAUAAACAAACUGAAAUGGAAGUUGUUGAAAAAGAAGAAGAAAUUGAAAAGUUGAUGAAAAAAAUACAAAUGGAAAAGAAAAAAAUGAAAGAAUUUCUAAAAGAAAAGAAUCAAAUAAGGAAGAAACGAAUAAAAAUAGAGAGUCAAAAGAAGUUAAUUGAAAUGGAAAAGAAAGACAUUAUCAUGCAACGAGAAUAUAAAGAGAAUUAUGCAGACCUUAGGAUAGAAAGAAUUGAAAAAGAAAGUGAAAAAGAAAUUAAUUUAUUACAUGAAAAUAGUCAAGCAGAAGAAGAGUAUCAAGAAGCUGAAAUGAGACUAAAAGAGGUUAAAGAAAAAGAAAAAGAUCUUAAAGACAAUGAUGAGUUUUUAAUUCAAAGGAUAAAACGAGAUAAAACAAGAAAAGAAAGGAAAGUCCAAGAUUUAGAGAAAAAAAAACAAUUAAUAAAUAAUCAAAAGAAAGAAAAGGUAAUAGAAUUAAUUAAAGUUAAUGGUGAACUUGAUAUGAAGAAAGAUGAGAUAAAUAUAAGUCAAUUAGAAAAACAAAGAAGAGUUGAAUCAACACAAGACUCUAAUAGAUUUAAAACAUUAGAAAAAAAAAAGCUUGAAAUGCAAAUUAAAAUUUAUAAAAAAACUUAUCGACAAAAACAAGAGAAAAGAAUUGGAUUGUUAAAAGGAAAAAUGAAGAAUUUAACUGAAGAAUUAGAUGGAUUUAUUGAAGAAGAAAAAUGUAAUCAAGAUUAA